AUGAAGAAAUUGAUCCCGUUCUCCACGCUUCGCGAUCGGCUUUUGACUAUAUUUUCCGUCUUGUAUAUCCUAUAUAUUAUUUCACUUUCUUCGCGUCCCCGAGAAAAUUUUAUUUGUUAUGUUCUCUAUACUGUCAUUCCUUACGGAGUAUCCAUUGUGUACACAGCGAUUAACUUCUUUUUCCCUCAGGUGAGAUGGAUUACAAAAAUCGGAGGUAUCCUUCUUCAUCCAAUUAAUUUCAUUCUGAAUCUUGUCGCGAAAAUCGAUCACAGAGCCGAGCCAAUACGCCGUACAGUUGAAGCGUUACAUCGAUCAAGGAACGGGACUGCAUCAAAAAUGUCGCUAGCCGAGGAAAAACUAAACAAUGAGCGUUUCCAAUGUCGAAUUUGUCAACUCGAGGAGAAACGAGUCUUACUACGGCCAUGCAAUCACUUAUGCUAUUGUGAGCGGUGCAGUAAAGCCAUUCAAAGACAACAAGUCAGUCGGUGCCCGAUUUGUGAUUCGUUCGUAAACUCUUAUGAAACGAUAUUUAUAUCUUAA